AUGGUUCUCUUAUUAGAGAUUGCUCUUCUCGCUCAUGCGCUACCAUCCUUCUUGCUGCCUCCUCACGCUCACCUUUUUUUUCUCCAGUUCCCGCUCAGCAAGAUGCGGAUCAAUACAUUGUCGUUGUUUUCUCUCGUGAGUCUGGUACCUACCCUUGCGGUGGCCAGCCUUUCUGGAUCUGUGGGACCAUUAACAUCGUCUUCGACUAAAGCCGCCACGAAGACUUGCAAUGUCCUCGAUUAUGGAGCUAAAGCUGAUAAGACCACCGAUCUUGGGCCCCCUCUGGCAUCUGCGUUCACCGACUGCAAAUCUGGCGGUUUGGUUUAUGUGCCGUCGGGAGAUUAUGCAUUAUCAACUUGGGCCAGAUUGAGUGGCGGUAAGGCAUGGGCACUGCAGAUUGAUGGAACCAUCCACCGUACCGGCACAGACGGUGGAAACAUGAUCUUUAUUGAACAUUCCAGUGAUUUUGAGCUCUUCAGCAGCACAUCGUCGGGUGCCAUGCAGGGCUUGGGCUAUGAGUACCACAAGGAUAACAAAUGGAGCGGGCCUCGUCUUUUGCGACUCUAUGAUGUUACAGAUUUCUCGGUUCAUGACUUCAUCCUUGUCGAUGCCCCUGCUUUCCACUUUUCCCUGGAUACUUGCACCAACGGUGAAGUAUAUAACAUGGCAAUUCGUGGUGGUAACCACGGUGGCUUGGAUGGUGUUGACGUUUGGUCAACGAACGUCUGGAUUCAUGACAUCGAGGUAACGAACAAGGAUGAGUGUGUCACAGUCAAGAGCCCUUCUAAGAACAUCUUGGUUGAGAAUAUCUACUGCAACUGGAGCGGCGGAUGUGGUAUGGGCUCUCUUGGAAAGGAUACCGAUAUCAGUGAUAUCACUUACCGGAACAUCUACACCUGGAACUCCAACAACAUGAUGUUCAUCAAGAGCAACGGCGGUAGUGGCUCCGCGACUAAUCUGCUGUUUGAGAACUUCAUCGGCCAUGGAAAUGCCUACUCGUUCGAUAUUGACAGCUAUUGGGCCAGUAUGAGCUCUCAGGGGGGAAAUGGUGUGGAACUGAGCAACGUCACUCUCAGAAACUGGAAGGGAACUGAGGAGAAUGGUGCUGCAAGAGGACCUAUCAAGAUUGUUUGCCCCGACGGCGCCCCUUGCUACGAUAUCACCAUUGACUUUGCCAUGUGGACCGAGGACAGCUCCAGGCAGCGUCAAUGGUACUCUUGCCGCAACGCUUAUGGUGCUGGAUUUUGUCUCAAAUCAGGCUCUAACCACGUUGCUUAUGAGGCGACCACGACCACAGUCUCCAGCGCCCCAUCUGGCUAUUCGGCGGCAACAAUGGCUGCCGAUCUCAAGACCGACUUCGGUAUUACAGCCUCCAUUCCAAUCCCGACCAUCCCCACCUCCUUCUACCCUGGAGCGACUCCUUACAGUGCUUUGAUGGCCAACAAAGGCUCAACAGCGAAGGUCCGGGCGGUUGUGGCGUCCUCUAAGCCGACAUCGGUUGUUGAGGCGACCUCCACCGCGGCCGAGCAACAGACGUCCACUAGCACACCAGCUCCUCCUGCGGCCACUGAGCAGCCUUCCCAGCAAUCUUCGCAGCAACCCUCUGAACAGUCUACCGGUGAGGUUGGUGGCUGUCCGUUCGGAAAUGACAAGCCAGCACCCACAGGCCCUCCUCGUUUCUUUCUCUUCCCCUUCUGCAUUCUCCCCAACCAUUGCCUACUUUUUCUGCCUGCAAUUCCUGGUGGUAGUGUUAGGUUCAAACUAUCUCAAUUUGCUUCGUUGGAUCUCAGUAACAAGGUUCUGUACCUGAUUGAGCCUUAUCAGUUCCUGCCAGCUGCCGGAAUGGGUUCCUCCCAAGCUGCGGAUAGCUCCCCGCUGGACGGCACAGGUGUCAUACAGCUGGACCCUUGGCUGGACCCUUUUCGGGAUGCUUUGAAGCAAAGGUUCAGUUUCGUUGAAGGCUGGGUGAAGACCAUCAAUGAGACAGAAGGGGGUCUUGAAACGUUCAGCAAGGGCUACGAGACGUUUGGCCUCAACGUUCAAUCCAAUGGUGACAUUGUGUACAGAGAAUGGGCUCCAAAUGCUGUGCAAGCGCAACUGGUUGGUGAAUUCAACAAUUGGGAUGUGACGGCCCACCCAAUGACAAAGAAUGACUUUGGUGUCUGGGAGGUUACGGUGCCAGCAAUUAGCGGGGCCCCAGCUAUUCCCCAUGAUAGUAAGAUCAAAAUUUCAAUGGUAACCCCCAGUGGAGAGCGAAUCUAUCGGAUUCCAGCAUGGAUCAAGCGUGUGGUGCAAGAUCUCAGUGUAUCACCUACAUAUGAGUCGGUCUUCUGGAAUCCUCCAGCCGAAAAACAAUAUAAGUUCCAGCAUCCCCGCCCUAAGAGGCCGGAGAGUCUCCGAAUUUAUGAGGCACAUGUGGGGAUUUCAUCACCAGAAACUAAGGUUGCAACCUACAAAGAGUUCACUUCCAACAUGCUCCCUCGGAUUAAAUAUCUGGGGUACAAUGCAAUUCAACUAAUGGCCAUCAUGGAGCACGCUUACUACGCCAGCUUCGGGUACCAAAUCAAUAACUUUUUCGCAGCGAGCAGCCGCUAUGGUACACCUGAAGACCUAAAGGAGCUCGUCGAUAAAGCCCACAGCAUGGGCCUAGUGGUGCUCCUCGAUGUCGUCCACAGCCAUGCGUCGAAGAACGUGCUCGAUGGGUUGAACAUGUUCGACGGCACAGACCACCUAUACUUCCACGGUGGUGAUAAGGGUCGACAUGAGUUGUGGGAUAGUCGUUUGUUUAACUACGGUAAUCAUGAGGUUCUGCGCUUCCUUCUGAGUAACUUGCGCUUUUGGAUGGAAGAGUAUGGAUUUGAUGGUUUCCGCUUCGAUGGAGUCACAAGUAUGCUUUACACCCAUCACGGAAUUGGAACAGGCUUUUCCGGAGGGUACCAUGAGUAUUUUGGCUCUUCUGUCGAUGAAGAAGGUGUGAUGUAUCUGACUCUUGCUAACGAAAUGCUCCAUAACAUCUAUCCCAACUGUAUCACAGUAGCGGAAGAUGUCUCUGGGAUGCCGGCGCUCUGUUUGCCACAUUCUCUCGGCGGAGUCGGCUUUGACUACCGCCUCGCCAUGGCCGUCCCAGACAUGUAUAUCAAACUCUUGAAAGAGAAGGAGGACGACGAGUGGGACAUAGGAAACCUGUCCUUCACGUUGACAAACAGACGCCAUGGCGAGAAGACGAUUGCAUACGCAGAAAGCCACGAUCAAGCGCUUGUCGGCGAUAAAACCCUCAUGAUGUGGCUCUGCGAUAAAGAAAUGUACACACACAUGUCCGUGCUGACAGAGUUCACCCCCAUCAUUGAACGAGGCAUGGCCUUGCACAAGAUGAUCCGACUAGUCACGCAUGGUCUUGGGGGUGAGGGCUACCUCAACUUCGAAGGUAAUGAGUUCGGACACCCGGAAUGGCUCGACUUCCCCCGAGAAGGAAACAAUAACUCCUUCUGGUACGCACGACGCCAGCUAAAUCUGACCGAGGACCACCUUCUUCGGUAUAGAUUCCUCAAUGAAUUCGACCGUGCUAUGCAAUUGACAGAAGAAAAAUACGGAUGGCUCCAUUCGCCCCAGGCAUAUAUCAGCCUGAAGAACGAGGCCGAUAAGGUCCUCGUCUUUGAGCGGGCAGGUCUUCUUUGGAUUUUCAACUUCCACCCAACCAACAGCUUCACCGACUACCGUGUUGGCGUUGAGCAAGCAGGCACGUACCGUAUCAUUCUCGACACUGAUGACUCUGCAUUCGGUGGUCUAAACCGCAAUCUUAAGGAGACACGGUUCUUUACCACUGAUUUAUCGUGGAAUGGCCGGAGCAACUUCCUCCAAGUCUACAUCCCCACCAGGACCGCACUAGUCUUGGCCUUAGAGGAAACACUGUAG